UGGCCUGGGUGGCCGGAGGGGGUUCUGCUGCCCGAGAAUGGGAAUUCUCUUCACCAGGAUAUGGAAACUGCUCAAUCACCAGAAGCACAAAGUUAUAAUUGUUGGGCUGGAUAACGCAGGAGAAACUACCGUCCUCUACCAGUUUUCUAUGCAUGAAGUUGUACAUACACCCCCUACAAUAGGAAGUGACAUAGAAGAGACAGUGAUUAAUAAAGCACGUUUUCUUAUGUGGGAUGUUGUUGGCCAAGAAUCUCUUCGUUCUUCCUGCAAUACUUACUACACUAACACAGGGUUUGUCAUAGUUGUGGGCAGGACAGACAGAGAAGGGAUUUCUGUAACUAGAGAAGAACUCUACAAAAUGUUAGCCCACGAGGACCUAAGGAAAGCUGGACUGCUGAUUUUUGCUAAUAAACAAGAUGUUAAAGAAUGCAAGACUGUAGCAGAAAUCUCCCAGUUUUUGAAACUAACGUCUAUCAAAGAUCACCAGGGGCACAUCCAUGCAGGCUGUGCUCUUGCUGGCAAGGGAUUUUGCCAAGGACUUGAAUGGAUGAUGUCACGCCUUAAGAUUAGAUGA